AUGAAAAUGUGAAUAUAGCACAUGAGUACCCUAGUGAGCACCAUCGAGGAGCCUGAUUCUUCUUCUUCUUCUUCUUCGUCCAGAGAUCCCUCUGCCGCCGUCCCUCCUCUCACGGCGAACCUCCACCGUUGCCUCACGUCUCCGUCCACUGCUCUCGUGGGGAUUUCAAUCAGCUUUACCAUAUCCUGGAUUUGAGCUUUUACCAAUGGCUGAUGACGCGGGUAAAGGAAUUGAAAAUGUUUCUUCGAACUCAACAGAAGUAGAGAAGCCUCAGAUUGAGCCCAUAAGACUUCCCACUGUGGAGGAAAUCCGAGGUCAAGACAUUUGGAACAAUUGUGCAAUGCGCAGUGUUGUUAGUGGAGUCAUGGGGGGCGGGCUUGGAAUCGUCAUGGGUUUAUUUCUUGGUGCAUUGGACAACCCGUUGAUGCAGGAGGAAAUGACUGGCAAACAACAGUUUAUAUAUCAAGCAAAGCAGAUGGGGCGAAGGAGUUGGAGUUCAGCCAAAGCAUUUGCUGUUAUGGGUUUCGUAUUCUCAGCUGCUGAGUGUGUUGUCGAGAAGGCUCGCGCAAAACAUGACACAACAAAUACUGUUGUUGCUGGAUGUGUAACUGGAGGUGCAAUAUCAGCAAAAGGUGGCCCAAAAGCAGCGUGUGCUGGUUGUGCUGGUUUUGCAGCGUUCUCCGUUGUAAUAGAGAAGUUUUUGGAGAGACAUCAGUAAGUGAAUUGAUAUCAGCCUAACACAUUUUUUGAGUUCUUGGUUAAGUCUUUUGCCCAUUUGAUACGGGACGUGAUUGGGGAGCACACAUUGCAGUAAUUAUUUCACAUCAAUAAUUUAUUUGUAUACGAUGUCAUUUGCAAAUGCACAUCCAAACUAGGGAAAGCUCUGAUGUAAUGAUAUGAUAUAGAAUUAAGUAAUAGAUGUUUUCUUUAUGCAUUCGUAUGGUUGAAUCAUUCUAUGGUGUAUUCACCGUUAUUAUCUGUUUUGAUGAAAAAACAUAUCUAGUUGUUUAUGUG